UACUAACCGCCCUGGCGUGUACGCUGAUACUGGCGGAAGUACUGACGUGUUCUCGCUAGAUGACACGAGAAACAGCUAGUGUAGCUAACUAGGAACAGCCGGGUAGUGACCAAGUGCUCGUAUCAGAAUGUCAGAAGGCGACAGUGUUGGGGAGUCAAUCCAUGGAAAAUCAUCUGUCGUUGCUGCCUUCUUUACACGUGUGGGACAGGUUUAUCAGUCAUGGCUUGACAAGUCCACACCGUUCUAUGUUGUGCGGUGGGCACUCACUCUACUUUUGACUGCUGUCUACAUGAUCAGAGUGUACAUACUGCAGGGUUGGUAUAUAGUCACAUACGCUUUGGGAAUUUACCAUCUCAACUUGUUCAUUGCAUUUCUAUCGCCAAAAGUGGACCCAUCUUUGCUCGAAGAAGAUGACGGCCCAUCCCUUCCUACCAAGCAGAAUGAAGAGUUCCGCCCUUUCAUUCGGAGGUUGCCUGAAUUCAAAUUCUGGCACUCCGCAACAAAAGGUAUCGUCAUCGCCAUGAUUUGCACAUUUUUUGAGGCCUUCAAUGUGCCAGUGUUCUGGCCCAUCCUCGUAAUGUACUUCAUCAUGCUCUUCUGCAUCACCAUGAAGAGGCAAAUUAAGCAUAUGAUCAAGUACAGAUACCUUCCAUUUACGCAUGGGAAGAGGACAUAUAGAGGCAAGGAAGACACAGGGAAAACCUUUGCUAGUUAAAACCCGAGUUAGUCUUUCCUAUCUGUUUAUUUUGAAAAUCAUCAGUCAUAGCUAAUGGGGAGUGGUGAAGAGAUUUGAUUUUGUUCUUGCAUAAGGUGGACAGUAACAGAAAAAGAUGACAUGUAAAUCCAAGUUUUGAUCCAGCGUGUUGAUAAGGGGUAUGAGCAGAAUGGAUCAAAAUUUGGAAUACUGCCUUGCCGAUUGAAAUUUAUUAUUAUUUUUAUCAAUAUUAUUAUAAUUUUUUUUUGUUAAGAUUCCAUUUGCUCAGCAGUAGGUGAGACUGCACUGCUUUCUGCCUUUUUAGCCCCAUUAGUUAAAGGAGGUCAUGGAGAAAGAGCCGAUUGAGGGGGAAAAAAGUUUCUGUAAAAUCUGUAAUUUCCUGUUUCUUACAUUGAUUGUGAUUUCAGUGCAUCUGCCCAUUCUGCUAACUUCUGGUUAUUAUCAUAGUAUCAUUACUUCCUAUUUGCCACAUUUAACAGUUUAUCAAAGUUUAGGUUUAACAGAAUACUGUUAAAUAUAUGAUGGAAUUUGAUUAAAACUCAUAACAUUGAAUACAUUCAUUUUGUGUCAUUAAAAUACCCUGAAAAUAUGACUUUUUAAUGUCUUAGUUUCUUUUUGGGCUUACUGAGAGAAAACUGGAGACAGUUUUUCCUCUUAAAAUACUUCUUCACAUGCGAAUGUUAAACGUCUCUCCCACUCAAAAUGAUUCACUUAAUAAAUGAAAAAUUAUUUCAUCUUUACUAACCGAUGUUUAAAUUAGUUCAUUCUACUUUGUGCCAUUGUAGAUUUAAAUACACAGAAUAUUUCUCAGCAAUUCUUUUAAAAAAAAAGUUUCUAAAAUACUUUCUCUAGCAGUUAGUCAAAUAAUCAGAAACAUUGAAAGUCAGUAUUCCCUUCAAUUGAGAAUGUGGUCAGGCUGAGGUCACACUCCAGCACGCAGGUUUUUCCUGUUUCCAAGAAUUGUUUGGCAUGUUUAGACCAGCUCCUGUUCUUCGUCAAUAUCUGUGUUUACUUAGAAAGAAAAAAGAUGAAUAUAUGGUCAUUCCAAGCAAACUGUUGUUCUCUUUGUUUGUUUUGCAGAGGAAACGUAAGAGAACAGAGGUUGAGAUCUUUUAAUGUAUCAAAUGGAUGAAGUUGGUGGUGAUCACAUUCUUUUCCAUGAACCUUUGUGAUUUUUUUUUUUUUGUUUUUUUCUGUUCUUACCAUAAUGCUGGGCAUCUGUCUUUGCUAAACUUUAAUCAAUAUUGUAGAAAGGAGUUAAAAUGCAUUUUCCUGUAAAAAGUUUGUGUUUCAGAGGAUCACAUGGAUUUGUGUAUAUACAGCACAGAUAUUUUGAAACAUAAUUUGUUAAAAGUUUAAUUUAAUCGCCUUUUCAGACACCAUGAUAUGUUCAAGUGUUAAACUCGUUCAGCUGAAAUAGAUGGAUCUGGUAAAUUGGACUCUCUAGAUAUUAAAGUUAAUGUUUUUCAUGGACUGCAUGUUAUUUUCCUGUGCUACAGCUGAAAAAAAAAACUUGAUUUUAAUAACUUAUGUGUAUUUUUUUCCACAUAAAAUGAUAUUAAAAUGCUGUGUCCCUUCAAACAGUA